GAGAGUGUAUGUCAACUUGUAACUUGCGGAAAGCAACAUUUAAAGAAAAAAACAACAGAAAUUAGUCACUACUUGAAUUAUUUUUGAAAAUAAAACAUGGAACAAUCACUUGUCAGUUGUCAGAAAAUAAUAAUCGUAUGAAAUGCGUUCGUAUGAAACCAACUUGUUUAUUUGUAGAAAGUAAGCUUCGAAUAAAUCUACAUCUGACGUUACAACAUUGAUUUUAGGUGGAAACUAUACUCAAUAAUUAAAUUGAGACUAGCCCAGGAUAUAAACUGGAUUGUUUUCGUAAAUAUUUUUCCGCUGCAGAUUGAAAACGAGUGAGGAGAAACAUGCAGUGCAACUCAACAACACGCAGAUCGUAUUGCAUUUCAAUUCUACUAGCAUUCAAUUGCUUGUCGGCGAGUGGAAAAAUCUUGCGACUUCCCUGUUCAUUCUAUUCCGAUCUUUCUUUGGUGUAUAAAAAUUCCCGACUAUUGGUUGGAAAACUAGAUACUUCAAAUGUAAAAGAUGACCUUGAAUGUGUGGAGAAAUGUAUUCUGCAUGAUUCAUGUCAAUCCAUAAAUUACAACGACGUAACAAAAGAUUGCGACUUUUUGGAAAGUACAAUUGUUGAUGGUGGCAACAAUGCAACUAACGAAGUUGAUUGGACACACUAUGAAACUGAUCCUGGUAAUAAAGAGGUUGGUAAUGUUUGUUCCAGCUUAUCACCUUGUAAAGGUCAUUAUUGCGAGGAUAUUUGUGAAUCUCCAGGAUUCAACUGCACAUGUCUUGAUGGAUACUACGGAGAGAAAUGUGAAAGAGGUCAAUCUGAUCCUGUGGAAUCGUGUAAAUGGCUGAAGGAAAAAUUUCCAAAUGCAAAGAGUGGAUUUUACCCCUUACAAUACGACUAUGGAAAUAUUUCUGUAUACUGUGAUAUGGAAACUUACGGAGGAGGUUGGACAAGAAUUGGUAAAGCAGUACAAGACGGUUCAUUACCUGACAAGUCUUUCAUCGGAAGUGAAAUAUCUGGCGGUAUCGCAUCUCUUAGAAAAACAAAUCAGUUUCUCUUAACUCCUUCUGGUUUUAAAGAACUCAGAGACAUCAUUAGUUUCACCCAACUCCGCGUGUAUUGUCACAAACCUAGUCACGGCAGAACCAUCCACAUUGUAACAGUAAACAAUUACAGGGGAUACGACGUGCUGGAUUACUUAAGUGGAUUAACCGAUACUCAACCGGCUUCAUGUGGCUCUUACAUCCGUGUUAAUAACGACAACUCUAUUCUUGCAUCUACGUGUGGAAAGUGGGGAGAAACAGGUCUCUGGGGGAGUUUGGAUUCAGAUCAACUUAUUCGAUUGUAUGAUCAUUUUUUCUAUAUUUCAUAUAGUGCUCACAUAAAUUUAAAAGGUGGUGGACGCCUUGAAUGUGACGAUUUUUAUGGUUAUCCAGGAUUUUCCACAACUGGGGUGUGGCAGUUUUUUGUAAGAUGACUCGAUUAUGGAGUUCUCUUUACCAAACAAUUAUAUGAAGAAUUACAAAUUAUUAAAGCACAUAUUUACGUUUAAUCACCAGUUUAAAUAGCUGUAAUGUGCACUAAAAGAAAAACGGAACAAUGUUGAAUUUUCUGCUCUACAACAAUAGUCGUUUUUUGUCUGUCAGUAAAAGCAGGUCGUGCUAACCGCCCACGAAAUCUUAAAGCUGCGAAAGACAAAUGAGAGAUAUUAUUAUCGAAAUUGCUGCUUCAAGGAUUUUCCACGAGUUAACAACUAGUCUUUAUAAUUAUUGCUGUCGUUCCUCUAUAACUCUAGCCGAAUUUGUGCAAAGGAAUGCAAGGAAAGGCGAUGGCCGAAAUUUGCAUCGCAUGAAAAUUUAAUUAAGGCGAGACAUUCAUUUUGAAUUUUAAAAAAUGUCAAGUAAUUUUGGCAAUAAUAAUUUUUUUUUUCUUUUUCCUUUUUAGUUUUUCAACACUUCUUUUUCUAUAAACUUCCCUUUCAUGACAAAGCUAACGAUUUUCUAUUAAACCAUGCAUACUAAUGUUUUAGAGUGUUGAAGCAAAAUCACUCUCCAAGGCGAGUAUAGUGAAAGAAGUAUAGUAACGCAAAAUUUUCGCUUGGUCUUUAGUAACAACUUUGUUAACAUAAAGGUAUUAUAAAAAAAGUGGAGAAAUGACAGUAGCCUUAGCGAAACUUAAUAUUUGCCGUUCAAUAAAAAUAAAACAGUAGGGUUUGCACCAACAUGUUCGACGGUAAUGAAAUGUAAUAUGAGGGAUGAAAAUAAUCUAAUGAUAUUGAUUUAGAACUAGAAUACAACGUGAAAAAGUCGUCGUGUAUUCCGCGCCGUACGGCCACGUCGACAUUUCGUGUAUUUUUGGCAUAUUUAUGCGUGCCAUCUACUUUGUUUUGGUGUGCGAACAGACAAAUUUCGGCUAUAUAUGCAAUGAUAUGUAAAGAAACAUGGUUUAUAAAUGUUCUGUAUUGUACAACUCAUAAGAUAAAACGCUUCUUCCACAAA